AUGGUGGAGUUUUCGAAAGUGAACCUUAAGGACAUAAAAGACGAAGAUGAUGACGAAGAAGAAGAAGAGCCAGGAGAAGAAAUUGAAUCAGCGCCGCCUCUGAAAGUGGGUGAAGAAAGAGAGAUAAAGUCCCCAUUUGGCUGCCUCAAAAAGAAACUCCUAAAACGUGGCCUUAAUUGGGAGAGUCCUCAAUUUGGUGAUGAAGUCACCAUUCACUAUGUCGGAAGUCUGUUGGAUGGUAUGAAGUCCGUUUCUGGUGAUAAGGACAGGCCCUUCACUUUCAGGCUUGGACAUGGUCAAGUCAUAACUGGUUUAGAUUAUGGAAUUAUUACAAUGAGAAAAGGCGAAAAAGCGUUGUUCACUCUGCCUCCUGAAGUGGGUUAUGGAGAAGCUGGCACUGAUGGUGUUCCUCCGGAUUCGAUUAUUCAGUUUGAGGUGGAACUAACCUCAUGGAUUACAGUGGUAGAUAUCUGCAGGGAUGGUGGAAUUAUCAAGAAGAUCAUGGAGAAGGGGGAACAAGUUGGCCCUCCUAGUGAUUUAGAUGAAGUUUGUGUAAAUUACAAGGUAACCCUGGUUGAUGACACCGUUGUUGCAAAAACGCCUGAAGAGGGAGUGGAGUUUUAUGUCAAAGAUGGUCACUUCUGUCCGGCAUUACCCAAAGCUAUCAAGACCAUGCAAAGGGGGGAGAAAGUGAAUUUGAUUGUUCAGCCCCAGUAUGCCUUUGGAGAUGUGGGUAAGGAAUCAGUGGAAGAGUUUCCUCCAGUUCCACCAAAUUCUGUGCUGAAUAUUUCUAUGGAAUUAUAUGCAAUUAAGCAUGUAAUAGAUGUUACUGGCGAUAUGAAAGUUAAAAAGAAGAUUUUGAAGGAGGGAGAAGGUGUCCUCACAGCAAAUGAAGGUGCUUCUGUUACUAUUAGGUAUAUUGCUAAAUUAGAGGAUGGUAAUGUAUUUGAGAGAAAGGGUUUUGAUGGUGGACAGCCAUUGGAGUUCAUCACAGAUGAAGAGGAAGUAAUUAUUGGGUUGGACCGAGCAGCGACUACAAUGAAGAAAGGUGAAUGUGCGAUACUAACAAUUUCCUCAGAAUAUGGAUUUGGAAGCUCUGAAGUAAAGCGGGAUCUUUCCAUAAUUCCAUCAUCUUCUACUGUCGUGUAUGAAGUUGAAAUGUUGGAUUUCAUAAGGGAAAAAGCACCUUGGGAAAUGAGUAAUCUUGAGAGAAUCGAGGCAGCUGUUAGGAAAAAAGAGGAAGGCAAUCAACUCUUCAGAACUGGAAAGUAUCAUAGAGCUGGGAAGAAAUAUGAGAAGGCAGCUGAGUAUGUGAGUGAAGAUGGAGCCUUCACAGACGAUGACCAAAAGCUAGUCAAGUCAUUGAGAUUGUCGUGCUGGUUGAAUGGUGCAGCGUGUAAUCUGAAACUGAAUGAUUUUCAGGAAGUAAUUAAGCUAUGUUCAAAGGUCCUAGACGUGGAGUCCUGCAAUGUGAAAGCAUUAUACCGGAGAGUUCAAGCUUAUAUGGAGGUUGGUGAAUUGCACCUGGCUGAGUUAGACAUUAAGAAGGCCUUAGAAGUGGAUCCUCUGAACAGGGAAGUGAAGUUAAUCCAGAAGAAUCUGAAAAAACUUCUAGCAGAGAGCAACAGAAGAGAUUCAAAACUCUACUCAGCUAUGUUUUCACGUAUGAGCAACGAUGCUUCUAAUGCAGUUAAAAGGUUGAAAGCAGCAGACUAA